AUGUACACCUCCAUCGCCCGACGGCUGUACUACGCCAUCCCGCCGUCGAUCGCGGGAUUCGCCUACGGAUGGGAGAAUGCGUCGAUGAGCGGCAUCCUGACCAUGGACCAGUUCCUGGACUACUUCCACACGCCGUCAGCGUACCGCCAGGGUGCGAUGACUGCGGCGUUGCUGGCGGGCGAAUUCGGCGGAUCCCUGUUGACGGGCUUCUUUGUUGCGGAUCGGCUGGGCCGCCGCAAGACGAUUCUUUCCUGUGUCCUGAUUUAUCUGAUCGGACAGGCGAUCAUUGUUGCGUCGCAGAACCAGGCCAUGUUCAUUGCCGGUCGGGUGGUCAAUGGCCUCGGUGCUGGUGGCUUAUUCCAAACCAUUUCUCUGUAUACAGCUGAAAUCACCCCCCCCUCGAUCCGCGGCAUGAUGACAUCGACAAUGAGCACGGGUAUUGCGACAGGCCUGCUGGUAGCGUACUGGAUCCAAUACGCUGCCCUGAACAUCCAAGGCACGGCGGCGUGGCGGAUGUGUUUUGCGCUGCAACUCAUCCCCGGCGCGGCAGUGGGCACGAUCAUCUUCUUCCGCCCCGAAUCGCCUCGCUGGCUGUUCCACCACGACCGCGCCGACGAAGCCCUGCAGGUGCUGGCGGAUCUGCACGCCAACGGCGACACCACCGACCCGGCGGUGCAGGCGGAGUUCGAGGAGAUCCGUGUCGUGGUCGAGCACGAGCGCGGCACCCCGCCGCCCUCGUACCUGGCGCUGCUGACGGAAAAGCAGUACCGGCGGCGCACGGCGCUGGCAAUGGGCCUGCAGUUCAUGCAGCAGAUCAGCGGCGUCAACAUCAUCCUGUACUACGCCGCCAAGGUGUUUGCGCAGACGGGCCGCACAGGCACGUCGGCGGCGCUGCUGGCCAACGGCAUCGAGUCCGCCCUGUUCCUUGUCGCCUCGUACUCGCUGACCAUGCUGAUGGACGUGUACGGCCGGCGCUUGCCGAUCAUCAUCGGCCCGACGCUGAUGGGCAUCUGUAUGAUUGUCGUCGCGUCGAUGCUCAUCGCGUUUGGCUCGCCGCACUUCAACGCCACCACCCAGGCCGUCGAGUUCAACUUUGCCGACGUUGAUGCCGGCAACACCGCCGUCGCCUUCAUGUUCCUGUACAUGAUCGCCUUUGGCGCCCUCUUCUCCGCCCUCCCCUGGACCUACCAGAAUGAGGUGUUUCCCCUCGCCGCCAGAGGCAGAGGGACCGCCCUCUCCACCUGCACCAACUGGUUCGUCAACUUCUGGCUGGGCCUGUACAUGCCGGCUGCCCUCAACUCCGCCUCCUGGAAGCUCUACUAUGUGUUUGGCGGCAUCAACAUCGCCAUCUCCUUCGUCACCUUCCUCUUCUACCCGGAGACUUCCCAGCGUACCCUCGAGGAGCUCGAUCUGCUCUUCACCCCAGACCGUCGGAAGCUCGUCUUCCUCGACCGCGACGCCUGCCGCAAGGGUUCCAUGCUCGGUCAUGGCCUCGAGGAUGGCGUCCAGACUGCCAAGGAGCUCGAGGCUGCCUUGGCUAUGGGUACCGUUGAGCAGAAGGAGGUUGUUUAA